AUAUACAGAGUAUGUAUCUCCAUCGCGACCAGACACUAUCAACACCAUACCCAUCGACAACGUAUGCGUCAACACCAUGACAGCCAUCCAGGACAUCCGUAUCCACGCCCCCGUUGUAAUUGCAGAGGCCGUCUGUUUGAUUGUCUUCUGCUCAUUGAUGGUGGGUUUGCGAUUCUAUGCGCGUCGUGUCAAGAACUCCAGGCUUGGGCUGGAUGACUUGGCAAUUAGCCUGGCGUUGCUCUUCGUCAUUGGCAUGGCUGUCACCAUUCUCGUCGAAACAGGCAUAAAAGGAUUUGGCUACGCUGCUUCAGAGGGAGACGCGGGUCCAAAUCACCCAGAUGCUAAUGUGGCUGGCUGGCCUACCGAACUCCUCCAGGUCCCUGCCCUGGGCUGCAUAAAACUCAGCUUCCUCCUCUUCUACCGUCGCGUCUUCACCAAGUACGUGGCUUGGGAGUUCACCUGGGUCAACUACUUCAUGAUCGCUUCGGUGAUAGCUUGGACGAUCUGUUUCUUCUUCCUCCUCCUCUUCCUCUGUGGCACCGACUUUGCGGCCUACUGGACUAGCGGAGAAACCGAAGCCAAAUACUGUUUACCAACUGGGCCAGUGCAUAUGGGUUAUGCCAUCUCGGAUGUGAUCAUGGACUUCUUGACGAUCUUGCUACCUAUCGGCGAGAUCUGGAAACUUCAUUUGCCCACCCGUCGCAAGUUUGCCAUCAUGUGUGUAUUUGGUCUAGGUGCCAUAACUAUCGCCAUGUCCAUUGUCCGUAUGGUCAUAUAUCAACGAGCGCUAGCCGUUCAAUUCGACCCGGAUUCUGAUGAAGAGUACCUCACCACCCUCACCACCUAUUUCUCGAUGCUUGAAGCCGGCCUCGGUGUCAUCGCCGCCUGUCUUCCCGUUCAGUACGGCCUUUUAAAAUCGGAAAAAGUCCAGAGCAUAAUUCACAGCGUACACAGCCUCACAUCUCUGGGCUCCCGGGGCAGCAGCAAUAACAGCAGAGGCAUAUCCCUCACGCAAUCACGUGCCCAGUCGCAACGUAUACACGAUAUUGAUGGCUCUCAGGUCUCAGAGGUUGGCUUAUCACUUCCGGCCAAUGCAGCUGUCACUGCGGGUUCGGAUAUCGAUAUGGACCAUUUCGAUGGCCAGGGAAUAGUGGUGCAUAAGUCCUUCGGCACAAAUGAGCAGCGGAUCUAG